AGGCGAAAAAAAUAAAAAGGCGGAACUCAAAUCCUACAUUUAAAUGUACACUAAUAAUAAACCUCGCGCACGAUAAGGAGCAAUAAAGCGAAAUACAAAAUUUAGAGAGAGAAAUAUAGUUACUAGAACGUGAAAAGUACAGAGAGAAAAAAGCUUCAACGUAUAACGCAAAAACAAGCGGCGAUUUAUCGUAAUCGACGACAAGUUUUCAGAAACCCUUUGUUAAACAGCAAACAAUUCCUAGAAGUUAUCGAUCUGUUCGAUUUUAGGAACGUUUCAUAAUUCCAGAAAAUGUCUCCAGCAUCAAAGUCCAAGACCAAGUCUAAAGAUAAGGCGUCUGCAAGGGCUGCCAAGGAACAGAAGGCAUCUGACAAAUCUUCUGGAUCUACCAAUACUGCAAGUGGUACUCCUGCAAGUGCUUAUAAUCCAAUUUCUGGGACAUUUCAUACCCUAGAGAUACCAUCAGCCACCUCUUCCCCUCAUUUCCAUGACAAUGGUCGUUUCAGAAAUAUAGAUGACACAGAUGAACAUUCCAGUAGUCCACAUGGAACUGUAUCCGAAUAUGAUUCAGUGUCAAACAAUGGUAGUUGCUCUGGCGAGUCAGAAGAUCCAAAAGAUAAGACAACCAGUUCUACUCGGCAGGAAACCGUGCCUGGUUUAGAAAAUGACAGGCGAGAGAAGAUUCGUCUGAAGAAUGAGAAGAAGCACCAGCGCCAGAAAGAGAGGCGGGCACAAGAGUUGCAUGAGCGUUGCAGUGGGUAUCUGAUGUCGAGAAAAUUAGAAGCCCUUUCAGAGCAGCUUGUGGCAAUGGGGUUUUCUCAUGAACGAGCAACAUUGGCCCUUGUGUUGAAUGAGGGCAGGGUAGAAGAAUCAGUUAACUGGCUUUUUGAAGGGAAUGAAGAGGAAGCCCGCAAUAAGGACUCUAAACUUGGAACCAGCAGUAACUUAAAAAUUGACAUUAGUGAGGAGCUUGCUCAGAUAUCAGUAUUAGAGGUGAGGUACAAAUGCUCAAAGCAGGAGGUUGAAAGAGCAAUUGUUGCUUGUGAGGGUGAUCUGUUGAAGGCAGAAGAGAUCUUACAAGCACAAAAGCUGGAACAACCUGCCACUCCACUAACUUCUGAAGAGGUUACUGAUGCCAAUGAUUUGAAGAGAACGCAUGAAAAGCCCCUGUCAUCGUCAAUUACAAUACAACAGAGAAGAAAUGAGCAGGAUUUUAACUAUGCCAAAACAUCAAUUGCACUGCCAAUGUAUUCAGAACCUGGGAAUAGAAGCUUGCAGCCUCUGAAUCAGUCCAGAUCGCUGGCAGAUAAGAGGUGGACUGCUACUGGAACAAGCCCUUCUUUUUCAUUAGGUAUGGCAUCCCCUGGACAGGUGACACCUCAAUCAGCCAAAUUGGAGGUCAGGCUUGGUGUUUCUGGAAAUGAAGGGAAAAAUCAUCAGCAUAUACUGAGGGAACCAAUAGUUAUGAUGCAGCGUCGCCAAUCUAUAAAUGCCAAACAAAAUCAAGUCCCUAGCAUAAGUGCCUCACCUUCUGUAACAGCUGGAUGGUAUUCAAAUAACGGACCAGGUGUUGAAAAUGUAAGGUCAUUAGUUCCAAAUCAGAGCAGUGGAAGCCUUGGUUUGGUGAAUCAGAACUCAGAGCAGUUCUAUCAUCCAGCUUCUUAUAAAGAGAGCCCGAACUUGUUUAAUGGCCCGAUAGAUUCUGCAUCAGCAGGAUUCAGAAGUUCAUGGAAUGCAAUGAGUAAGUCUCCUGCACAUGCAGUUCCUUAUGAGCCCCAGAGUUCAUACGGUGUAGUGAGUGCAUCUUCACCUCCACUUGCAGCUCCAUCUUCCCUCGGUCUAUUUUCUGGUUGGGGUUCAGGAACGUUAGGCUCUUCGGCACAUGUGGAUUGGAAUACAGGAGUGAUGCCAGAGUUUGACUAUAACAGUAUAGAUUGGACUUUGGAUAAUAAUAUGUUAUCAUCCAAACCAAGCGGGUUGUGGCUGGGGCUUUCCUCAUUAUUGAGGAACAGUUCCGGCACAAGAAUGAACAGUAUGAAUAGUUCCUGCAUAUCAGGGUUACGGGACGCUGGGGCUACUAAAGAAACGUCAUCUUCUGCUGGUUUGCACGAGUGGACAUCGCCUUUUGCAGGGAAGGACAUAUUUAGUUUGCCUAGACAGUUUGUUACUUCUCCUUCUCCUUAGGGCUAGGGGUACCGGAGAAGGAAUGGAAGCAAUGAGGCUGGUUUAGUGGGUGUUUGGAUGCAUGUUAAUGGUUAUUUCUGUUUUCUCAGUCGUAAAUGCAUCUAUUAGCUUUUCAUUUUUCGUUA